AGCUCAGGUCAAAGGUGAACGUCACCAACAGACGCGGCGCAGCUCGUUUUUGACUUGCUGGAAUAAAUAAAGUCGCCGCUCACAAACGUCUUUGGUCAGAUGUGGAUGGAAGAUAAAGAGACUGGAACUGACGCGUUCAGGGACAGCGCUGUUUCCUGGACAUGUGUGGGGGAGGGGAGUGAAAGUGAAAGUAAGAGACGCGCUGAACCAGAGGUCUCUCCAGCUCCGAUCAUCCAGGCGGUGGUGGAACACACACACACACACACACGGGACUCACUGCUGUGGAUCAACACACUGACAUCGAACACAAUCUGAGUUCACAACUUUGGACCGGAACAACUGAGCUCCGACAUGGACCCGAGACUCACAGGUGUGGACAGACAGGAGGAAGCUCCUCCCUCUAAAGCCCCUCUGGGUGAGGACCAUGGCAGCCAGACCAGAGCUGAGAGAUCAAAGCCACUCACAUCAGACGCUGCUGGACGAGGACACAGACCUGGACCUGCUCCCAGCUGUCAGUCUCUGAAGAGUGACGCGUCUAUGGGAAGGAUGAUUGACUUCAGAGGAGGACAGGAGCAUCAGAGGAGGAGCAGGAUCCAUCAGGAGAAACCAGAAGAGUCUGAACUCAGCUGUCAGUCUCUGAAGAGUGAUAGGUCGAUGGCUGCUCCUCUGGACUUCAAAGGUGGACAAGAGUCUUCAGGAGAGAGGGAGGAUCAGCAGCUCUCAGAUGUUCUCAGUCUCCAGUGUGUCCAGCAGCAUCAGACAGAUCUGGACUCCACACUGCAGCUGUUUGAGGAGACUGACAUCAACCUCCUGAGGAACAUGAAGGAGGAGAAUCUUGCUGAUGUUCUUUGGAGCAGAAGUGGUGCUGGAGCGUGUGCAGGGCGACUGAAGAGGAGCCUGCAGAAGAAGUUCCACAGUGUGUCUGAGGGGGUCGCUAGAGCAGGAAACUCUGCCCCUCUGAAUCAGAUCUACACAGAGCUCUACAUCACUGAGGGGGGCACAGAGCAGGUCAACCAGGAGCACGAGGUCCGACAGAUCGAAGCAGCAACCAGGCAGCAGACCAGACCAGGAACUACCAUCAGACCAGAAGACCUCUUUAAAGCCUCACCUGACACAGACCCACCAAUCAGGAGCCUGCUGACGAAGGGCGUGGCUGGCAUUGGGAAGACCCUCCUGACACAGAAGCUGACUCUGGACUGGGCUGAAGACAAAGCCCACCACAACUUCCAGCUGGUGUUUCCUUUCACCUUCAGAGAGCUGAACCUGCUGAAAGAGAAGCAGUUGAGUUUGGUGGAACUUGUUCAUCUCUUCUUUCCUGAAACCAAAGACUCAGGACUCAGCAGCUUUGAAGGAGUCCAGGUUCUGUUCAUCUUGGACGGUCUGGACGAGUGUCGACUCCCUCUGGACUUCAACAGUCGGGUCCUGACAGCAGCUACAGAGUCCACCUCAGUAGACGUCCUGCUGACCAGCCUCAUCAGGGGGAAGCUGCUUCCCUCAGCUCAGCUCUGGAUCACCACACGACCUGCAGCAGCCAAUCAGAUCCCUCCUGAGUGUGUGGACAUGGUGACAGAGGUCAGAGGGUUCACUGACCUCCAGAAGGAGGAGUACUUCAGGAAGAGGUUCAGAGAUGAGGAGCAGACCACCGUCAUGUCUCACAUCCGGAGCUCACGAAGCCUCUACAUCAUGUGUCACAUCCCCAUCUUCUGCUGGAUCACUGCCACAGUUCUGGAGGACAUGUUGAAGAGCAGAGAGACCGGAGAGCUGCCCAAGACGCUGACUGAGAUGUACAUCCACUUCCUGGUGGUUCAGGCCAAAGUCAAGAAGCUCAAGUACCAUGGAGGAGCUGGGACCGACCCAGUUUGGGAUCCUGAGAGCAGGAAGAUGAUGGAGUCUCUGGGAAAACUGGCUUUUGAGCAGCUGCAGAGAGGAAACUUGAUCUUCUAUGAGUCAGACCUCACAGAGUGUGGCAUCGACAUCACAGCUGCUGCACUUUACUCAGGAGUCUUCACACAGAUCUUCAGAGAGGAGAGAGGACUGUACCAGGAGAAGGUCUUCUGCUUCAUCCACCUGAGUCUCCAGGAGUUUCUGGCUGCUCUUCACGUCCACCUGAAGUUCUUCAACUCGGGAGUCAACCUGCUCGACUCACAGAAAACAUUACUACUGGCAAAAAUCUUUGGACAUCACAUCAAACCAUUCUACCAGAGAGCAAUAAAUGAAGCUGCAGAAAGUCCAAAUGGACAUCUGGACCUGUUCCUGCGCUUCCUUCUGGGUCUUUCUCUCCAGACCAACCAGAGGCUCCUUCAAGGGUUGGUGGCACAGACAGGAAGUAGCUCCUGGACCCAUCGGAAAACAGCAGAGCUCAUCAAGGAGAAGAUAAGGGAGAAGGUGUCUCCAGAGAGAAUCAUCAAUCUGUUCCACUGUCUGAGUGAAGUGAAGGACACUUCUCUAGUGGAGCAGGUCCAACAGCAGAUGAGAUCAGGACGUCUCUCCACAGAUCAACUGUCUCCAGCUCAAUGGUCCACCCUGGCCUUCAUCUUACUGUCCUCAGAGGAAGAUCUGGACGUGUUUGACCUGAAGAAGUACUUUGCUUCAGUGGAGGCUUUUGAGAGGCUGCUGCCAGUGGUCCAGGCUUCAAAGAAAGUUCUACUGAGCAACUGUGGACUGUCAGAGAGAAGUGGUUCCCUUCUGUCCUCAGUCCUCAGCUCUCCGUCCUCUAGUCUGACACAACUGGACCUGAGCUGGAGCAACCUGGAGGAUGCAGGAGUGGAGCUGCUGUCUGCUGGACUGAAGAGUCCACACUGUCACCUGGAGACUCUCAGCCUGAGCUGCUGUGGACUGUCAGAGAGAAGUGGUUCCCUUCUGUCCUCAGUCCUCAGCUCUCCGUCCUCUAGUCUGACACAACUGCACCUGAGUAAGAACUGGGACCUGAAGGAUGCAGGAGUGGAGCUGCUGUCUGCUGGACUGAAGAGUCCACACUGUCACCUGGAGACUCUCAGCCUGAGCUACUGUGGACUGUCAGAGAGAAGUGGUUCCCUUCUGUCCUCAGUCCUCAGCUCUCCGUCCUCUAGUCUGACACAACUGGACCUGAGCUUCAAUGAAGACCUGAAGGAUGCAGGAGUGGAGCUGCUGUCUGCUGGACUGAAGAGUCCACACUGUCACCUGGAGACUCUCAGCCUGAGCUACUGUGGACUGUCAGAGAGAAGUGGUUCCCUUCUGUCCUCAGUCCUCAGCUCUCCGUCCUCUAGUCUGACACAACUGGACCUGAGUGGGAACAGGGACCUGAAGGAUGCAGGAGUGGAGCUGCUGUCUGCUGGACUGAAGAGUCCACACUGUCACCUGGAGACUCUCAGUCUGAGAGGGUGCAUGAUCUCAGAGAGAGGCUGUGCUUCUCUGGCCUCAGCUCUGACCUCUAACCCCUCCCACCUGAGAGAGCUGGACCUGAGCUACAACCAUCCAGGAGGACCAGGACUGGAGCUGCUGUCUGCUGGACUGAGGAGUCCAGACUGGAGGCUGGAGACUCUCAGGCUGGACGACUGUGGACCAGAGAGGUUAAAGAUCUGACCUGAAGAAGUUGACUCUCACAAGAGACGGAGGGAAAGAAGAGGAGUCUGAGUUUGGACAGAAGCUUCUUCCUGGAGUCUGAGCUGCUCUGAUGCUGCUGGACAGAGAGUCUGUCACCGUCAGAGAGAAAGUGUCAUCAGGAGCUCACAAGUCUCUCCCAGAGCAGCAGUGGGGAUGGGCAUUGUGUUUUUGCCAUGAGCAGGGGACUUUCCCCGCAAGACUGGUCCGACGCUUCAGGAGGUUGGAUGGAGAAUGUAGCGCUGGGAGGAGCGUUAGCAUUAGCCACUAGCUGUGGAGGUUGCAGCCGCGUCGUCUCCUCUCUCGCUGGCGUCUGGAAACUCUCAGCUCUCAUAGUUGCUUUUCUUUUCCCGCUACCCAGCUUCUGACACCAUGUUGUGUGUCGCGUGGUUAUAAGCAGUGGGUUUUAAGUGGUGCGAGUCAUUUAUUCUUCUUCCCUGGCACAUCCCAUAGUGUCACACCAAACAUGCACCCGAGGCCCACUUCAAUAUACAAGCUAACACCACACCCUUGGCUUGGAUUGUUCUGUCUGGAGCUGCAUGUUGAAUAAAGGUUGUGAACUUUGUAGAAGCGGAUCCGUUCUGUAUUUGGAUCCACCGCUGAGCUCCACCUCACACCAUCGUUGUCCAUGUCUUCUUUUUCUAGGCGACAAAAACAUGCUGUACUGUUUUUCACCUUCUUCUAUCCACUUGGCCCUGGAUCUUCUGUCGGCCCCUUUAGCUCUUUAGACAUGAAUCUCCUCAAGUCAGUUUUGUAUCGACGUCAGGUUUUGUUUAUCCCCAUCAGAGGGCGCCAUUUUCACUGGACUGGUGUUCAUUUCUGUGGUUGGAUCAAGCUCAUGUGACAUCAAUGAAUCUUCAGCCGUCACGUCUGCAACUGUUUUCUCGAUGCCGUCAGCAUAGGUUUCAUGAUCCAAUAAACCUGAAUUGGAUUUCCAAUUUCCCUCAUUUCUGCGACCAAAUUUAGCUGCAACAAAUCACAUUUUUCAUACAGAGUGAUGUGAGAGAGGAGCAGCAGACAUGGGGCAAGCAGAGGCCAUCUGGAUCACUGGAACUGAAACCAAGCAAAAGCCAACUCUAGAUUUCAUCACAUCAUUUGCUUCGAUCUCUUGCAUAUUUGGGAAAUAAUCUAAAACAAAUUAAGAAAUAGACAUAAGGAAGAUAAGAGGCAGAAACAAACAAUAUAUAACUGUAUACAAUAUACAAUUGUCUACCUCCACAAGGUCUGGCCAUUGUUCUUUCACGUACUUGACCCAGUUGGACCACAAUCUGA